AUGCUGAGCUUGCAUGUGCGAGGAGUGGGGCCCCGUGGCUUUCCCCUGUGCCUCCAGGUGGCUGAGGUCGGCAUCAACCCUGUGGAAUUCAACCUGAACUUCAGGGCACAUAGGAUACCAAGGGUUGAGUGGGAGGUGCUUCUGGAGAAGGCCGAUCACUUGGGUCUGACAGAGGUGCCCAAAGGGCUGAUUCAGGGGUAUGAGCAAGAUGAGACAUUUCUGAGGAAGAUGUACUACGUGCUGCUGGAGGUGGACGUGUUGGAGGGCACCCUGCAAUGCUUGGAGUCUGGACAUACGUUUCCUAUCAGCUGUGGGAUCCCCAAUAUGCUGCUGACUUUGGAGGAAACUGAGAUUUAA